UGACAUUAUGUUUUGUAAAAAAAAAACUACUGUCUUAAAUAUUAUAGUCGGGUAUUUUGCGCAAAUAGUCGUCUUUUUAAUAUGCAACAGUAGGCGUAAAUUUCACACAAAUAUAAAGCUAAAAUGUGUGACUCAUAUAAGUACUCUGUAUCACUAAAAUAAACCAGCACAAACUAAUAUUUUUGGCCCUUUUUGUUAUUAUUUCUGCUCAACCAAGUGCCCGCCGGGACUGUAUUUAUGAGAGAAAUUUCAGAUGUCCGAUCUUCAAUGGAGCACUUGAAGGCAGCGUGAGGACGUAGCAGCACCGACUGACUGACACAGCUUCAUCUACUUGAAGCUAACGUUACGCUCGUACCCUAGUAGGCUGUUGCCCGCGGUUUUUUCAUUCUAACAAAAAGAUUAAAUUAAAAAAAAUGGAAGGGAACGUUUGCAACAUCCAGGUGCUUCUUAGGGCCGCUGAGUUUCUGGAGAGAAGAGAGCGAGAAGCAGAACAUGGCUAUGCUUCAGUCCUGCCUCUAAGCCCAGGUCUCUCUGAUAAGAGAAGCAAACAGAAGAGCAAGAAGAUAUCUCCUGGUGGCAAUAGGUCAGUUCACAACGAGUUGGAAAAAAACAGACGAGCUCAGCUGAGGCACUGCCUGGAGCAGCUCAAGAAGCAAGUUCCUCUGUCAUCUGACUCGAUGAGAAACACCACCCUCAACCUCCUGAGACGAGCCCAGCUUCACAUAAAGAAGCUGCAGGAGCAGGAUGAGCGUGCAGAGCAGCUUAAGGGCCGCCUGCGCUGGGAGCAGAGAGAGCUGCAGGUUCGGCUGGAGCAGCUGCAGAGAAGCACGGAGAGGAUGAGGAACGACAGUCAGGGGUCGACCAUGUCAUCCGAGAGGUCGGACUCCGACAGAGAGGAUGUGGAGGUUGACGUGGAAAGCAUCGUGUUUGACUGUGUGGACUCUGAUGGACUGAGCAUUACGCACACUGAUGCAGACCACUGUUACUCCAGUAUGGACAAAGCCUGGUUAUGACGGCAGUAAACUCGUGGUAACUGGUUUAAUAACACCAGGUGAGGAGGAAGAGGAGAAAACAUUCCAAAAACAAGCAAACAGAGGAUGAAGGAGAAUGGAGGAAAAUGUUACUGUACAAAUGAAGACAAAUUUUGACAGGAGUACCUUUUUUAACAUUCUCUUUUCAACAAUGUUUGACUACAAGCUAAACGAUAACGUUUUACGAUUAUGAAUGAGCUGUGUCCACUUUGCACUGAAUAGCAGUUAAAAUCACUGGGCUGGGAUGGAUGUAUCAAUGCACGUGUAUAUUUCCGGCAUCGACGAUUGAUGGAAACAUUUUCCAAAGCCAUUGACUUGUCUGUAACUUACAAUAAUUCAAGCAAAUCUAUUCAUUCACCUUUUUUUAAGGGCUUUUUAUCCAAAUAAGGGCUUUUUUUGUAUCGAAAACUCUUAACUUAUUCUUUACUACAGUAUGCCUAUAUUGAAUUCUGCCUUAAAUCAGAUUUGGUCUUUACAGCUUCUCUUUAGCACUAAGUUUAUAUUUCAGUAAUGUCAUGUGUAGCAUGCACUUAAACAUUAAUCUGUGCUAUGUUUUGUAUAAGUGUCUCAUUAUGUAAGUUCAGUCAUGUAUUUUGUUCUUUUUUUUUCCUUCUGUUGCACAAAACGUCCACUCAUUGCACUUGUUUCGUCUCAAAAGGGUUGAGAGUAUAUCACAUGGUGAAAACAGUGAACAGAACUUAACUGGUCAUAUUUGCACAUUUCUAUCUGGCAAUUAAGUAACUGUGCCAAAUAUUCGUUUGGUGUAUUUGUACACAAUUCAGUCACAAAUUUAGUGCAAGAACUUUGGUGCCUAAGAUGAAGAUUAAUGUUGAGGGCAUUAAUGGUGUUUCCUUGCACAGGACUGUUUUAUUCACUGCUUUGUUGGAAGUGUUCAGCAUCACAACUGCGCACUUCGUUGCUUGUGCAUUUGUCAAUAAAAUGAUAAUUAUGCAUACAGCUAUUUCACCACAGUCAGGAAGGUAAAUGUGUACUUGUAAUGAUUAUGCAAU